GUAAUUCGUCAGAAUCAAAGGAAGACUGCGGCAUGCACUCGCCCAGCCGCCCGGCUUGUGGCGUUGAUGCGGUCGCUUUCUCUCUCUAGCACACGCCUCUCUCUCUCUCUCUAGAUUCCUACUACUUGUAGCAUUUCAAUCGUAUCACAAUUCCAACUUCUUUACCCAACCUACUCCAUUUAUCUCUCCCUCCCUUUUCUAGAGAUCUUUUUCAUUUGAUUUCAGCUCAUUUCCGCAUUUGACUUGUUGCAAUUAGAUCAAUUGAAUUUUAUUUGAUGGAUUUCGCCUUUGGGAACUUCAAUGGUGACUGCUCUCCUUCCAGCGAGGAGAGUGCUAGGUGUCCGUUUUUGCAGAACAUUAACGCGCCAACUAGUUUGUCCUUCUCAAGAGCCAUGGCUUUCCCUGUUCCGGUGAGGGACGGGAAAGGCCCUAUUUUUGAGGAGGGUCCAAAUUUUGAUGUGGCAUUCAGGGUUUUCCACGGGCAGAAUGGUGUCGUUCCUCUUUCUGAGAAGCCUUUUGUUCCCGCAGAGAAGCCUCAUUCAGAAUUAUCGUCAGCUCAAUUCAAUCCCCUGGCUGCAAAUGCAGCAGCCAUCAGCCUCUCCUCCUUUGGCCACGGAGGGCCUUUCGGAUUUGAUGCGUUUUCUGAGAUGUGGAAGAACUCAAAGAAGAAACAAUCACAUUCAUCUAAAAAGGAUUCUUCUUCAAAGGGAGGUAAAUCGCAACACGAAGCAACAAGCAACGAAUGGUUGAACAACGGGAACUGUCCCAUUGCAAAGUCAUACCGAGCUGUGAACCGCGUCGUCCCUCUCGUAGCAAAGGCGCUUCAGCCCCCUCCUGGGGUACACAUAAGGUGUCCUCCGGCAAUUGUCGCCGCCAGAGCCGCCCUAGCAAAAACAGCCUUCGCUAAGAACCUCCGGCCACAGCCACUGCCCGCAAAAGUACUCGUUAUAGGCAUGUUGGGCAUGGCAGCAAACGUGCCUCUAGGCGUGUGGAGAGAGCACACCGAUAAAUUCUCGCCUUCGUGGUUCGUCGCGGUUCAUGCAGCCGUGCCGUUCAUAGGCAUGCUCCGCAAAACCGUGCUGAUGCCGAAGUCCGCCAUGGCGUUCACCAUCGGGGCUUCUAUUCUCGGGCAGGUGAUCGGUUCGAGGGCGGAGAGGCUCCGGCUGAAAAUGAUUUCACCAGCCGGAGCUACUCAGCACAGUGCUGCCGGAGUUCAUGGCGGCCAUUGCAGUGAGGUUGAGGCUUUGAAACCGGCUUCUUUGCUGGUUUCUUCUUCAUCGGCUCAUGUUUUCGGCUAAAUUUACAAAGGUUUCACCAUAUUCCAAAGCUUUGCUGAGUUUUACACCUUUUAACGAGGAUUUAAUACAAAAUGUAAUGAGUUUGUAUUUAUUCUAUACAUGUAUCAAUGAAUAAUGAUAUAUUUUCUUGCCU